CGCGGAGCGGGCGGCAGGAGAGCGGCCACCAUGCACGUCAAUGGGAAGGUGGCUCUGGUCACCGGCGGGGCGCAGGGCAUCGGCCGCGCCUUCGUCCAGGCGCUGCUGGGCAAGGGCGCCAAGGUAGCCCUGCUGGACCGCAACUCCGAGGCCGGACGGGAGAGCAAGGCGGCCCUGGACGAGCAGUUCGAAGCGCAGAGGACGCUGUUCAUCCAGUGCGACGUGACGGAGCAGGAGCAGCUGAAAGGUGCUUUCAAAAAAGUAAUUGAACAUUUUGGAAGACUGGACAUUGUGGUUAAUAAUGCUGGAGUGAACAAUGAGAAGGACUGGGAAAGCACUAUACAAGUUAACUUGACAUCUGUGAUCAGAGGAACCUACCUUGGCAUAGAAUACAUGAAAAAAGGAAAUGGAGGUGAUGGAGGAGUGAUCAUUAAUAUGUCAUCCUUGGCAGGACUCAUGCCUGCUGCCUUCCAGCCUGUGUACUGUGCUACAAAGCACGGUGUCAUUGGAUUCACACGGUCCUUAGCAUUAGCUGCUAACAUGGAAAACUACGGUGUGAGACUGAACACAAUUUGUCCAGGAUUUGUCAACACACCAAUUCUUCAGUCAAUAGAUAAAGAAGAGAAUAUGGGACAAUACUAUUCCUACAAGGAUGAGAUAAAAAAUAUGAUGCAGUUCUAUGGCGUGAUGGACCCAUCAAUAAUUGCCGAAGGAUUGAUAACAAUAAUUGAAGAUGAUACUCUAAAUGGAGAAGUUAUGAAGAUUACAGCAUCCCAAGGAAUUCAUUUUCACCAAUAUGGCCAAACACCUUUUACAUCAUCAAAGAGAUAAAUAAUUGUUUUGGGCUAAUUACUUUUGGCUUUUCUUAAAUUGAAAAUUUUUUGAAAAGAGUAAUUUCAGGGGAAAAAAAGAUGAGUUGUUGUUUCUAGAUCAGUGACAAUGUUCAAACAUUUGCAUUCUAAUAGCAAAGAGAUAGAUGAGAAAAUCUGUUGUGGGAAGAUGUUACCACACUAUUCUGAUUCUGUAAGCACUAUUAACAGUAUUUAUUUAGUAAAAUAAACAUACUGCUCUGAAGGGUUCUUUUAAUUAUUUUUUAGUAGUAGGGGCCUCUUCUUUUUCAUUCUGGUUGUUCUGAUCUACAUACUCCAAGCAUAGUUUAGUUGAUGUGACUUACUUUGUUAUUAUUUUCACUGUCGUGCCUACUUAUUUGCAUCUUGAAUUCUUCAGACCAGGAAUUCAGUUCAGGAAUCCAAAUCACAAAUGUAGCCAUAGGGAGUUAAGAAUUAACUUUCUCUUAUGAAAUGUUAAAUAUGUGCAACUUAAUUCGUUGUAUAUCAUAAAAGGAAGUACAGAUUUUAAACUUCUUGGAUUUUAGAUAUUUAUAAAAUAUUUCAGAAAUAUUUUUAUUUUCUUUUAUAGAUAUAUAUAUAUGUGAAUUUUCUCACUCUGUAUAUACAAAGAGGAAUAUUUUGACAUUGAUUGAAAUGUUUGCUUGCCUAUUAAAUCUUAUUUUCUAAACCUUUAAUUUCUAGCCUUUAUUGAGUAAAAUCUCAUUUCAAUCCUGAAUAA